UGUUGGAAGAUUGUGCGAGUCUGAGUAGCCGCAUUGGCUACUUGGAAUGGUCUAUCAGAUUCCUAUAGAAAAAAGAAAGUGAAAUAUAUUCCUUUAGAAAAAGAAGAAGCUUGGAAUUUCUUAUUAAAGUUCUUCCAUGGAUGAGGAGGUUUCUCACAGCACCAAGAGCUCCAGUGAGGGCGACUGGACUUUGUACAGAGCCCAAGUAAUGCCCAUCAAAAGUUUUGUCAAGAGUGUAGAGGAAAUGCCCUGGUGGCUACGGAAGCCAUCAUUAUUCAUUAUUCUUCAUGUUACUUAUUUCAUAGUUUUAGGAUUCAGCGGUGCAUUGGCUCAAUGGCUUUGUCCUGAUAAGAAUUCAGAGCAUAUGAGUUUCAUAGAUGCUCUGUAUUGUUGCACCUCUGCUGUAACUGUAACUGGUUUGCUGAGUGUAAGGAUUCAAGGGCUGCAUAGGUUCCAGCAGACUGUAAUUCUGUUGCUGACAGUAUUUGGCAGUCAGAUUUUCACUUCUCUGCUGCCUCUCUAUGCCAAAAGAUUUGUUUAUAGGAGGAUUCUUGAAAAACAGGCCAUGACCAUUUUGACUAAAGUGCAUGUAAAACCCAUUUCAAUUGAAUUAGAGAUGAAUGAAGAUUGUGCAGAUUUCAUUGCAAACGAAUCAAAGGCGACAGAGGCUUCUGAGAAUAUGGAUUUUGAUGUCAAGAUCAAAAAGAACCCUGCCUGUGUUCAUCAGAAGGAAUUGAGAGAGCUUUUGAAGGAUCAGAUCAGAUAUGUAGUGAGGAAGUCUUGUGAAAUGGCGAAAUUUGUGUGGAACAAAUGCAUCUGGCAUAUGGAUUGCAUGACUGUUUUGCAGCAAUGGAUUAUGAGAAGUAAUAAUACAGAAAACCCACCUAAUGAUAUGGAGAUUUUGCUCUGGAGAUCAAAGUAUAUGGAAUACAUGGCUUUGACAUAUCUUUACAGAAUUGUUGUUGCUUAUUUUCUCAUGGUUCAAAUAGGUGGAAUUGUGCUUAUUCAGAUAUAUUUGGCUGCAUCUCCUUCAGCUAGCAAAGUGUUGGAAGAGAAUGAUGUGAACAAAACAUUCUUUGCAGUUGUGAACUGUGCAACAUCUUUUGCAAAUUCAGGGUUCACACUUCUUGACAGCAGCAUGAUUCCCUUCAGGAACCAUCCAUUUAUUCUGCUUCUGCUAAGCUCUGUAAUACUUCUUGGAAAUACCAUGUUUGGUCCAAGCAUAUGGAUCAUUAUAUCUGUGUUAGAGAGGUUUGCUAAGGGGAAUAAGAAGGAGAUUUAUACAUAUCUUUUGGAAAAUCCUCGCAAGUGCUAUACCCAUUUGUUUCCUAAAAGCCAGACGCUGUGGCUCAUACUCACUGCCAUGGCUCUCAAUUCUAUUCAAGCCCUGUUUUUCUGUGUUCUAGACUGGAAUUCAAAAGCAGUUUAUGGACUAACACCAGGAGAAAAAAUUGUGGAUGCGGUGUUCCAGUCUGCAGCCACACGCAAUGCUGGAACAAAUGUUGUCAACCUCACCGACCUUUCACCACCUAUGCUUGUUUUGAUGGUCUGCAUGAUGUAUAUUUCUGUAUAUCCAGUUUAUUUGACUCGACAGAAGACUCAAGACUUUAAGCACAUACAAGGAGGAGGAGAAAAACCAAAUGAGAUAUAUACCAAAAAAUAUGAUGGUCAAAUUUCUGUUCAAUCACAAAAACUUCUAGCUCGAGAUUCAACCUCCAUAUUUAUCAUCAUUUUCAUCAUAUGCAUACUCGAGAGCAACAACAUUAGUCAAGAUCCCCUCAAUUAUUCGAUUUUCAGCAUUAUUUUCGAGGUCAUUAGUGGAUUCGGCAACGUUGGAUUAUCAGUCGGCUACAGCUGCGCCCUAGCCAAAUCUGUCAAUACUUCUACUUCCAUUUCCUGCCAAGACAUUCCAUAUAGCCUGUCAGGGAAAUGGAGUAGAGGAGGGAAGAUCCUAAUAAUUCUCACAAUGUUUCUGGGCAGGCACCGAAGCCUCCCUGACAGCCUUGAUUCUGCGCUCCUUCUUCCACGUACAGUCGCCCACCAGGAAGAGCUUACGUCACUUUAUAUGGGGACCGCAGUUCAUCAGGUCUAGUGUUCGAUCCCCACUGACUUCAUUUGCAGAAAACAAAGUCGUUGCCCCAUAUUCCACGCUACACUAGCCUGUGCGAUACGGCAGAGUAUUAAAGAUGUUUGUUUUGUAUUUGAGAAAGUCGGUAAAUUAUAUGUAUUAAUAAUGAGUGGGCAGCCCAUGUGUGGGCAUCUGUCA